UCGUCGCCCCUUUGGCAGCGCAGCGGAGCAGAGGGCAGGACAUCGCGGAGCCCGGAAACAGGCCCUUCGGCCUCUCUCUCCAUGCCGGCCCACUUUGCAACCUGGGGCUAGCCCCAUCCCCCGGCAUUUGGCCCAUUGCAGAUGUGCCCAGAUGCCUUUUAAAAGUCCCAGUUGCAGCUGUUUUUGCAGCUGUUUGCAAACACUGAGUCCACUAGCAACACAGACUAGCCCUGUAAUGGCAAUGUAAUCAAUGAGUCCCAGCUCAUCACAUUCACAACCAAUAUACUGGCCUGGAAAACAAUGUCCGCGGCUGCAGUGUGAACGGCUGUCUAGACUGCUCAGCCUCACCCGAUGAGCCUGACUUGCCGAGCCAGGAACCGCUCCGGUGAAUCCACAGCGCAUUCCCACUCUACCAAGCAAAUACCUUAUUCAGCAGCAGCGGCAGCAGCGGCCAUGAGCUCGGAGGACGUGGUCCGCUUCCACUUCGCCAGCCACGAGGUGUCCAUCUUGCGCCGCAUGAACCAGCUGCGGUUGGAGGAGCGUUUCUGCGACGUGACCAUCGUGGCUGAGCGUCUGCGUUUCCCCGGGCACCGGGUGGUGCUGGCGGCCUGCUCGCCCUUCCUGCGCGACCAGUUCCACAUGAACCCGUCGCGGGAGGUGCAGGUGUUCCCCAUGACCGGGGCGCAGGCGGUGCAGCGUCUGCUGCUGUCCUGCUACACCGGCACGCUGGAGUUCCCCUUCCGCGACAUCCUCGACUACCUGACGGCGGCCAGCUGCCUGCAGAUGGAGCAUGUGGUGGAGAAAUGCCGCCAGUCGUUGUCCCCCCGCAUUGGUCCCCGCCUGCCGCUGCCCCCCACCACCGGACCGGACGAGAGGGAGCGCCCGGCCACCCCGCAGAUCGCCAGCUCGUCCGAGCGCGACGGGCCCUGGGGCGAGGCGGGCGAGGCGGUCAAGCUGGAGCGGGAGCUGGGGGGGCAACAGCCGCAGCCCCGACCCCGGCCGAGACCCCUGGGGAGCGUCGGCGGCGGCGGCGGCGGAGGAUUCGGAGCGCCCGACCAGCUCCGCAUCCGCAAGGUGGAGUCUCUGGCCGACUGCAUGGCGGCCGAGGGCUCGGGGCUGGGGCCGGAGCCCGACCCGCGCAUCCACUCCACCGUCGGCAGCGGCGGCGAUGGCAGCGGCUGCCACGACGACUACCCGGAGGCUGGGACUUCCGGAGGACCGGUUGGCGGGGCCGGCCCGCCCUACGACAUGUCCGAGGUGCUGAUCACGGGCGACUUCGCCGAGGAGGACUACGAGAGCUCGGCCAGCGAGGACUGCCGCUCCGGGCUGUACCGGGAGGAGCCGGGCUUGGCGGGGUCGACCCAGCCGGGCGGGUCGGUUACUGAUGAGGCGGCGGUGGCGGCACGCUGCUCUGAGUGCGGGGCCGACUUCGAGCAGCGGGAACACCUGGCCGCCCACAUGGUCACCCACCGCCUCUACAUGUGCCUGCUGUGCGGGAAGGUGUUCAAGAAGAACGCGCGGCUGGCCCAACACAUCAACGUCCACACCGGCUUCAAGCCCUACUGCUGCGCCGUGUGCGGUCGCACCUUCACCCAGAAGCGGUCCCUCAAGGACCACAUGAACGUACACAACGGCGACGCACCGCACUGCUGCUCCUACUGCGACAUGCGCUUCACCCACUACAGCACCCUACGGGUCCACCUCCGCGACCAGCACGGGACCACCACCACACGCAACUUGGACAACAAGCCCACCGUCAUCAGCAUGGUGGUGCCUUAAGAAUGCCCGCUUUCCCCCACCCCCUCCUCUCUCCUCCCCCCCUCCUCUCUCCCUCCUCCCCAUCCUCUCCCCCACAUCCUCCUCUCUCCUCCCCCCUUCCUCUCUCCCCCUCCUCUCUCC